CCAGAAUCUGCACUUCGUUUUCAACUUACGCAGAAUCUUAAAGCUAGAGAGAGUCAUAAUGUUUCCAUGUAAGUAUUUUCAAAGAAAAUUGAAAUUUGAUCCUACUGAUGACAAAACAUAUAAAUACUCACCAGCUUUAUAUCGGGUUGACGAUCUAUUUCCCCCUGAGAAGUAUCAUAUAUCACUAGAUACACACAGACUUUUGAUCCCGUUCUAUUUCUCCACAAAAUAAAAAUUCGAAUCCUAUAUCCCCCCAAUUUGAAAGAUCGAGUUCUGUUUCCCCAUACCGUCGAAGUUAAACAUUGCAAUACACAUAGGUUUGGAUUAACGCCGGUUUACUGUUUAUCAUUUAACCGUAAACCUAUUGUUGCCCAACAAAAACCGCGAUUUAACCGAAAAGAUCCGUUUAAGAUCCGAUUAAAACCUGAUUAAAACCCGAUUAUAACCCAAUUGUUAUUGGUUUAACCCGAAAACAUAAACCCCCAAAUCCCCAGUGUUCUUCAUCGACAAAGAAACCUAGAAAGAUUUACCAGCCGAUUUUAGUUGAUUACAAGUAGAAAAAAUGGAGACGGUCAGUGAAAACACGAUUCCUUCCCUUAGGGAUGAAUCAGACGACGAAGAAGAGAUGGAGAGACACGCUUUCCGGGUUGAAGAAGAUGUAGCUGCAUUCAUCAACGAACCUCCCAUCCGACAUAACAUCUAUCCCGAUACCGAGAAUGAUAGUGAUACAGAUGAGGAGGAAGAUGGUGAAGAGCAACAAAUGAAACGACAGAGGACAAGAGAGCGUUAUCGAAUUAGAAGAGGUGAUGGGAAUCUCUUCGAGGGCCAAGUAUUCUUCAAUGGAGUUGCGUUCAAAGAGGCGGUAUUGGACUACGCUCUAAAGACUGGUCACAAUAUCAAGCAGUAUAGGUAUGACAAAACUAAACUUGGUUUUAGUUGUGUUGGUCGGAAUGUGGAUUCACACUGUCAGUGGCGUGUUUAUUGCUCGAGUAAAGGAGAACCAGAGAGAUGGUAUGUUAAAGUGUACAAGAAUGAACACAGCUGUGUUCCAAAUGGAGAAUGUGAGAUGCUUAAGGUCCCUGUGAUAGCUAGGCUGUUUGUUGAUAAGAUAAGAGAAGAACCAAAAUAUUUCAUGCCAAUGAAGAUAGAAGAACUGAUCAAGGAGAGGUGGAAGAUCACGGUUUCUAGAGCACAAUGUCAAGCUGCUCGAAAUAAAGCAAUGGGGUGGAUUCAGAAGGAGUAUGAGACUCAGUUUGCUCGAAUCCGAGACUAUGCUGCCGAGAUUCUCGAGUCAAAUAUCAACUCUUCGGUGGAAGUCGAGACCAAGAGAAAUGAGGAAGGAAAAUAUGUGUUCGACCGUUUCUAUGUGUGUUUCGAUGUGCUUAGGAGGUCAUGGCAGGCUACAUGUAGACCUCUUAUUGGGAUGGAUGGCACAUUCUUGAGAGGGAAAACUAAAGGACAGUUGUUAGUGGCUCUUGGUCGAGAUGGGGAUAAUUCAAUCUACCCCAUUGCUUGGGCAGUUGUUCAAGUGGAAAAUACUCCAAAUUGGGUGUGGUUUGUGAAGCAUAUCAAGACAGACUUGGGUUUAGGAGAUGGUGAUGGAUAUAUUAUGGUCUCCGAUCGUCAGAAGGGACUGAUCAAGGCAGUUCAGUUGGAGCUUCCGAAGAUGGAGCAUAGAAUGUGUGUUCGACACAUUUAUGGAAACGUGAAAGCUAAACAUGGAAAGAAGAGUGACAUGAAGAAGUAUAUUUGGCAACUUGCUUGGAGCUACAAUGAGGCGGAGUACAAGGAGAAUCUAGAUAGGCUGUUCAACUACGACUCAGAGGUGUAUGCAGAUGUGAUGAAGACUAAUCCAAUGACUUGGGUUAGAGCUUUCUUCAAGUUGGGGAACUAUUGUGAGGACGUCGAGAACAACUCAACUGAAUCUUUCAACGCCUCCAUUGUUUCUGCCCGUGAAAAGCCAAUGGUACCAAUGUUGAAUACCAUUGCGCGUCUUGCAAUGGUGCGUAUCGCCUCUAGAUAUCUGAUUGCUCAAGAUCACAAGAGCAUAUGCACACCUUACGUGGUUGAUAUACUCGCUUUGGAGCACAAAAAAGCAUCACAGUGUACUGUUUAUAGAAGCACAAAUGGUAUGUGGUUGGUGAAUGUUGAUGCUUGUUCUUACCGUGUCAAUUUGGAGAAGCGAACAUGCACGUGUUCCAAAUGGGAUAUCACUGGGAUCCCUUGUGAACAUGGAUACGGUGUCAUCUUGGAUAGGAAACUAGAGGCUGAGGAUUUUGUGUGUCACUGGUUUCGGACCACAAUGUGAGGAGGACAUACGAAGAAGGCAUAACACCAUUAAGAGGAGCACGAUUUUGGCCAACUUCUU